AUGGCUGUCAAAAUUCGCAUGCAACCCCUAAGGCCCGAUCGCCCUCCAGCAAAUUCCCCCGAAGUCUACUACGUCCGCACCACUUUCCCUAUCAUCCAUCACUAUACAAUUUCGGGUCCUUUCCACGUUCUCGAGGCCGCAUUGCCCAACCUGCGCCAGCGAAUUUCCGAUUCCUCCCAAGCAAUGACGGCUUUCAACUCCGCCACAAACAACGGCCAUAUGCUCAACCAGUUCUGCCACGUCACAGGGCCCUUGGACGCAGACCCGGCGCAGCACGUCAUGGUCGAGCUGCUGCGCAUGGACGACGCCCAGCUCAAGCGAAGCCUUCCUUGUCCAGUAUACAAUGUCAUCUUUAGCGAGCCCAUCCUCGAUAAUAGCGGCAGGCCUGGCAUCGCCGCGAGCGGAAAUGCGACUCUAAAAGACAUGCAGGUCAUCGGAAGCUAUCUCAGUGUUGACGCCGCAAUUGAGCGUGCAAACGAGGCGCUCAAUGAGAGGGUAUCCGAUUUCCCAGGGGCGCAAGUACUUCCAAUGAGGGCGAUGAGGGAAGAAGAUUUGUACGCUGUGGGCAGUAUCAUGAGGUUCCCUCCUCAUGCGACUCCGAAGUUGGAGAUGGCGGCAACAGUUUGCUAUGAUUCGGGAGUCAUGAGGGACCCUCAGGGGAAUGAGAUGUGA